CAUCGCUGUCUGUUUUGUAGUGUAGACCAAAAAAGGAGAGAGGAAGCAUUGGUGGUCAUCCGUUAACCCAGCAGGUAAAAGAAGACAAGGAACAAGAUAAGCGUUUUAAACUCGUUUCCAAGUAGGACGUGUUUAUUAAUAGUCAAUACAGGUCAGAGGAACAGGAGCAAAGGUCUAAAUGAGAUCCCCAUGCUCUAUCAUGAACAAUGGCCUUCCCUCCCCAUUUCAAUCUUUCAGUGGAUGAACAAUCAACCAGCAGAGUUUUUCUGAAGACAUUGGUAGCAGAGCUGUGCGCAGGAAGGAAAAUGGCAUGGAACUAGUACAGGAUAGCAAAAAGCUUCGAGCACUAGAGCAACGAGGAAGGGGGAACUAAAUUGGUUAAUCGGUUAGCCCUGGCAAUGGGCAAGGACGGCGGCGACCCCGGCGGCGGCGGGUACCCGCUGGUGGCGGUGUGCAUCGACAAGGACAAGAACAGCCAGAACGCCCUCAAGUACGCCACGGAGUCGCUCGCCCACAAGGGCCAGACCAUCGUGCUCGUCCACGUCCACACCAAGGGCUCCUCAGGUGGCGUGGAGGACGCGGCCGGGUACAAACAGCCGUCGGACCCGCAGAUGAAGGACCUGUUCCUCCCGUUCCGCUGCUUCUGCACGCGGAAAGACAUCCACUGCAAGGACGUGGUGCUGGACGACCACGACGUGUCCAAGGCGAUCGUCGAGUUCGCCGCGCACGCCGCCAUCGAGAAGCUCGUCGUCGGCGCCACCGCCAGGGGCGGCUUCGUCAGAUUCAAGGCGGAGAUCUCGAGCAGCAUCUCCAAGACGGCGCCGGACUUCAGCACCGUGUACGUCGUCUCCAAAGGCGGCAAGGUGACGUCGGUGCGGCAGGCCGUCCGCCAGGCGCCGGCCGUCUCGCCGCUCCGCACAAUGAUCCAGGGCCCCAAGCCCGAUAACGUGUCCACGCAGAAAUGGACGCCGCCGCCUCCUCCGUCCACGACGAGACCUGACAUCGCCGGGACACCGAAGAUACAGGACAACUUCAUUAUGUCGCCGUUCGCGAGGGGGGCGAACACGUCGGUGAGGAAGGCGUUCCCGGACUACUCGAUGCCGGAGUCGUCGGACAUCUCCUUCAUCAGCUCCGGCCCUCGCCGGAGCUUGGACCUGUACCCGCCGCGGCUGUCGUCCGGUUCGGACGCCCACGACCACCACAGCUUCGAGGCGACGCGGCCGCCCAGCAUGUGGGGCGGCGACUCCUUCGGCAGCGACUCCCAGUCCAGCAACUCCUCCUUCGCUUCCUCCCUUCCCAUGGAGGACAUGGAGGCCGAGAUGAAGCGGCUGCGGCUUGAGCUCAAGCAGACCAUGGACAUGUACAGCACCGCGUGCAAGGAGGCGCUCACGGCUAAACAGAAGGCGAUGGAGCUGCAGCGCUGGAAGACGGAUGAGGAGCAGCGGUCGCACGAGACGCGGCUGACGGAGGAGUCGGCCAUGGCGCUGAUCGAGCAGGAGAAGGCGAAGGCGAGGGCGGCCAUCGAGGCGGCGGAGGCGUCGCAGCGGCUGGCGGAGAUGGAGGCGCAGAAGCGGAUCAGCGCGGAGAUGAAGGCGCUCAAGGAGACCGAGGAGCGUCUCAAGUCCAUGGGCGGCGGCGGCUCGCGCGGCGCGGUCCGGUACCGCAAGUACACCAUCGAGGAGAUCGAGCUCGCCACCGAGCACUUCGCCGACGGCCGCAAGAUCGGCGAGGGCGGCUAUGGCCCGGUGUACAAGGGCCACCUGGACCACACGCCGGUGGCCAUCAAGGUGCUCCGCCCCGACGCCGCCCAGGGGAGGUCGCAGUUCAACCAGGAGGUGGAGGUGCUCAGCUGCAUCCGCCACCCCAACAUGGUGCUCCUCCUCGGCGCGUGCCCGGAGUACGGCUGCCUCGUCUACGAGUACAUGGCCAACGGCAGCCUCGACGACUGCCUGUUCCGGCGCGGCGGCGGCCCGGUCAUCCCGUGGCAGCACCGCUUCCGCAUCGCCGCCGAGAUCGCCACCGGCUUGCUCUUCCUCCACCAGACCAAGCCCGAGCCGCUCGUCCACCGCGACCUCAAGCCGGGCAACAUCCUCCUCGACCGCAACUACGUCAGCAAGAUCAGCGACGUCGGCCUCGCCCGCCUCGUCCCGCCCUCCGUCGCCGACAGCGUCACGCAGUGCCACAUGACGUCGGCGGCGGGGACCUUCUGCUACAUCGACCCGGAGUACCAGCAGACGGGCAUGCUCGGCGUCAAGUCGGACGUCUACUCCCUCGGCGUCAUGCUGCUCCAGAUCGUCACCGCGAAGCCGCCCAUGGGGCUCACCCACCACGUCGCGCGCGCGCUCGACCACGGCACCAUCGUCGACAUGCUCGACCCGGCCGUCCACGACUGGCCCGUCGACGAGGCGCGCUGCUUCGCCGAGAUAUCCAUCCGCUGCUGCGAGCUCCGCCGGAAGGACCGCCCCGACCUCGCCACCGUCGUGCUCCCGGAGCUCAACCGCCUCCGCGCCCUCGGCGAGGACAACAUGCAGCUCUGCAACACCAUGAGCGGCGGCGGCCGGAGCAGCAUGCACAGCUCGCCCUACAACAGCAACUCCUCCAUGCAUCAACCUCAUCGACAAACCGAUAUGGCGAUUGAGCACAGCGUAGGGAGGUCGUCGUACGACGCGGACACGAGCCAGCAAGCCAUGCAGGGACGAAGGCUCAACUACAACUAAAUUAAAGCUGACCUGAGUUUUGCACUACGACUGCAAUAGGCGUUACUGCAAGGCUCACUUAAGCAUGAUUUUUAUCCAAUGCUUCUCCUGAUUAAUCUGAGUAGGAAGCUACUGUUUGUUAAUGCAGAGACAGAGAGCCAUGUUCAUGCCUACAUGUUGGUGUGGUUGUAAACUAGUUGUCGAUCGUUUCUUGAUCCUCCUGUUGUUUGUAAAUGACCUGACAUUUUAAAACUAAUCAAAAUGCUGACAGUUCAUCCAGAA